AUCAAGCGAGAGACAGUUUCAGAUUUAAAAUUAUACAAAAGAAUAUUUGACAAGAAAAUAUACCGAUAAAAUAAAAUAAUUUUACAGCAAAGCUGCGAGACUGCAAUCACAAAAUAAUAUUUUCAUCAAAGUUGUAAAAUUAAACAUUUACGAACUUCGUAUGACACACUUUUCUCUCUGCCUUUGAUAUUUUGUAACUAAAAUAGGAUGGAGAACAAGAUGACUUCGAAAGAAGCAACACGAAUUAAAAAUAUAUUGAAGGAGAUGCGUUUCCAGUUUGCGUUUAAAUGUUUGAAUGAUAUAAUGAAGAUCAAUCCGAAGGAAAAUAUUGCCUUUAGCCCACCUUGCAUAUAUAAAGGACUUUUAAUAACAUAUUUAAUGGUUAAAGGUGAUAUUGAGGAGCGCCUAAAAAAUAUUCUUCUCUUAACGGAGAUCAGCAAACAAGAUUUGAUCAAUUACCGCGGUCAUAUCAAAUAUUCGAAGAAUGUAUCUAUGGAUAAUCCCGAAUGUUACAGUUACGAUGUUAAAUGUUUCAUUAAACCUAAUAUACAAUUGCAAGAUACAUUAUCUCGUUUUAUGCACACAGCAGCCACAAUAUUAGAUUCGUCCACAAAUUCUGAGCAUUUAAUAAAUAACAUAAAUGAUAAAAUUUUAAAGAAUGCAGUACACGAUUACAUGAGUGAUUCCUCGAGUUUAGCCGUAGUUAGACCAGAUACCGAAUUUACUUUGAUGACAGCUAUCCAUGGCAGAUUUCAAAAAUUUCAAUAUUUAGCGGCUGUUGAAGCGGAUAUUGAGACUAUAGCAAGUCGCACUGACGAUCGAAGAAUUAGUUACUUCCAUAAGUAUUUGGGGAUACACGUGAACGAACACUAUUAUCAAAGCCGUCAGAUAUCACUGUUUGUGUUCAGACCUGCUUCAUUAAUAUCUGGUCAAUGUAGAAUCAGCAAAUAUAAGGAUUCCAGAACUAACAUUUGCGCUUUGAUCGAGCAAUUGUUAACCAGCGAGGGAUUCAGCGAAUUGCACAAAGUGCUAGAUAGAAGUGAAACAUUAUUAGAAAAGGUCGAAACACCUUUCAUAUUGUUGCCGUCCUUCGAAGUGGAGAAAAAUCUGACAAUCCGUGAGUUGCUGCUAGCAUUAGGUGCUAAACAAUUGUUGGAGCCGGACGCGAUCGAUUUGGAUCCUUCCACCGUUGAGGGAGAUCAACUCAGUGUGCGCAUCGGCAAUGUCAUGCAUCGUUCUCAAGUCAAGGUCACGCAGAAGGAUAUCUCAGCAAGUGCGAUAACCUUGAUCCACACCGGACGUGAAUCCUCUCCGAGCACCGAAAUAGAAAACGAAAAUUGUAAUCAUCCCUUCGUUUGGCUGAUUUAUGAUAAGAAACGUAGAGAAGUUCUCUAUAUUGGCGCUUUUAAUAAAUUUGCGAGUGCUGUUCCAAAAUGUCAAUGGAACAUACAAAUGGAAUUUUUGAUUUGAAAUAACAUCAUAUAACAAAGAUGUAGUUACGUAUUGCAAAAUAAUAUGUAAUUGUCGAAGCUUUCUUUCCACUUAUGCGAUUUAACUUUUUGGUGAUUUAAAUCGAAAUGCAUUGUAUUUUGUGCGCAAUGUACAACUGUAAACAGCUUUUAUUUAAAAUUUUGGGGACUAACAAAAUAAUUAUUUU